AUGUCGAACCCAGACUGGUGGAACCAGAUGCUUGAUGUUCUCUGCGCCACACGGGUUCGCUGUGGAAUUUCCAGCUACCAUGAUAUAACUUUCUCGCUCUCCGUUAAAAAUGUUGGACGAACUUCACCGUUCCCAGAGUUGAUUAUGUCAAACAUGGGGGCACGCGUUGCACGGUUAUUUAGGAAUUUUAACUUAGAAAACCGGGUACAUCGUGAGAUCGGGAAGGCAAAACCUGAAGCGGCACCUCGACAUCAGACCCACAUUGAUCCUGUUCAGAGUACACAGGGUGAGUACGUACAUUGGGCUUUAUGUCAUUGCAUUGAAUUACUGUUGCUAGCUAGCUACAGACUUUGCUAACUCAAGUCGGAGGGUUAUCAAAGUCAGGUACGCCUGCCAGGCUAGCAAGUAACGUUAGGUAGCUAGCAAAACUUACUCUGUCCUGGGUGGUGUUUCAUACAGCUUAGUUAGCUAAUAGCUAGCUAUUUGAAACCACGGUUUAAGUGUGGAUGAAUUUGUGGUGACUUAUCAGUUUUCCAAUUCUGUAACAAGCAGAAAAAAAGCUAGCUAUCUAACGUUACCUAGUUACCAGCUAAGAUUCCUAGUGUGGCAGUGUGCAAAUUACCCCAUUCAUCACUAGGCUUCAACCUCUACUUACAUCCUCAGGUUGAUUUUGUUUCCUUCAGUUACUGAGAUCUCUGAUGCCAUCCACAAGAGAAACGACCCUCUACUGGGGUUCCUGAAGUCCGUUUAUGUGGAAUCAAAGGAUCCUACAGAGGUAAGCCUAAAUAAUGACUAUUCAACUGACAUUUUAGUGAUGGAUUAUUUGAUAGCUAGGCCUAUAACUAUGUGUUUGAUUAUAACCCUACUCUGUUUGAUCCUAACAGGCUCCAAAGGAGGUGACUGAGGAGAAAGAGGAGCGCAGGCCACUAAUGUUCAGCCUACCUGGGGACCCCUAUGGUAUUGUUGAGAUCAGUGAUGUCCCUAAAGGCAAACUGUCUAUUAUUGAGGCCCUCAAAGCUCUCAACAAUCACAAGAAUGCUCCCCAAACAUGGACAGGUGACAAGGUCGCCCUGGAGUACUCUCUUGACUUAAAAGAUACUAAAGCACUUCUAGAGCAUUUCAUCCCCUUCGAGGUUAAGAUCAUACCACCAAAGACAGAGGAUGCAAAGAAGAUCAAAGAUAUCUAGGACGAAGAUGCAGUAUUCCUGGCCUUUAAACACAACAGCCAUCAGCCAAGUGUAUAUUAUUUAUUUGUGUUUGUUGUCCUUGUCCAAAUGAAACUGCAAUAUUUUGAGUUCUACAUACUGUAAUGAAAUGAGGGAGAAGCAUGAGGCUAGAUGGGCCAUUUGCAAAGGCAAAAAUUCAUGAAGACAAUUUGAUUUUUGGUUGUAAUUUAAGGUUAGAGUUAGGCAUUAGGGUUAGCAGUUGUGGUUAAAGGGAUACUUUUGGAUUUUGGCA